AUGGCCAUUCUUCAAUCCUUGAAGGGACCACAAUUAUCUAGAGAGUAUGUGGUAACUCUCUUCAUCCUUCCAGCUAUAGUGGGCCUUAUCUACUUCCUUCAAUGGUUUAUCCAAAGGUACUUUCGGAUUGGAAUGUACAGAAACCUGCGUUACCUGCCUCCAGGACCUCCUAGUGGCGUUUUCACCGGAACACCGGGCUACCCUAAAGACAAAUGCCAUCUGUUUUUCAAAAAGCUUUCUGACGAAUAUGGGGAAAUAUUCUCUGUCUGGCAAGGCCCAAACUUACAGAUUGUACUUAAUUCCCCACGAGUUGUGCGAGAUCUGUGCUACAAGCGGGGAAAUAUAUACAAUGACCGGCCAAAGAUGUAUGCCUUUCACGAUUGCAUCUUCCGCGGUAUAUCUAUUGUCAGCACUGGCUACAACAACUUAUGGAAAAAGCAGAGGAAGAUCUUCAACUCGGUGUCCGGGCCCGCAGCCGUCAAAAACUUUCUUCCAUUCCAGGACUACGAAACUAAACAGUAUCUCCAUGACCUCGUAAAAUCUCCCGAACAAUUCUACAUGCAUACAGAGAGGUUUGGGGCCAGCAUCCUGACCGCAGCAGUCUAUGGGUUCCGCGCAGAUGAUAUCACUGAUCCCUCUGCUCUAGGACUGCUUCUCACAGGCUCAUGGCUCGAAGAAAACCUUCAUCCCGGAAAAUACAUUGACGAUAGAUGGCCGAUUUUACAGAAGUUACCGCGAUCUUUGGCGCGUUGGCGAAAGGUUUACGACGAAAACGCCAAACUGCUCGAUUCAAUCGCACGAGCAUGGUGGGAUCCUGCGAAGCUGGCGGUGGAUCAAGACAAGGCUGUACCAUGCUUCGCUACAGGAUUUAUUAAAUCGUACGCGUCUGAAGGGUUCAACGAAGACGAGGCUGCUCUCGUCACCCUUGGCCUAAUGCUUGCGGGCGCGGGUACCACCAGCUCGAUCCAAAACAAUCUGAUAAUGGCUUUGGCUUUACACCCACACGUAGUUGAGAAGGCGCACGCGGAACUCGACAGAGUGGUGGGCAAGAACCGCCUACCGAACAAGGACGACGAGCAAAAUCUCCCCUACAUUCGGGCUAUUAUUAAGGAAAUCAUGCGCUGGAGACCUUUUUCAAACCAAGGUUUCUACCAUGCGACAACCAAGGAAGACUGGUACGAAUCAUAUUACAUCCCUGCGCACACCACCGUUAUUGCAAACGCCUAUUCCAUUCACCAGGAUGCAAACCGGCACAAAGACCCAGAAGUCUUUGAACCGGCCAGAUACAUUGAUUACAAGCUCAGCGCACAAGAGUAUGCCAACAUGGAAGACGCAAACCAACGCGAUCACUUCGCAUAUGGUGUUGGGCGGCGCAUCUGCGCAGGCUUGAACAUAGCGGAACCGAGCCUGUUUCUACUUGCUUCUCGCUUGUUAUGGGGUUUCAAUAUAAGUCAGAAGCGCGAUGAAGACGGGAACCUCAUUCCCAUCGACACGCUGGGAUAUAGCGGAGGCGUAUUUGCCAAACCAUAUCCGUUUGCUGCCUCCAUAUCCUGUCGGAGCCUGGAGCAUGCCGGCGUGAUCGACAAAGAGUAUGAGGCAGCUCAUAGCGAUGCAAGGAGCUUGGCACAAGCUACUAGGGCUGGGGAUAUGCCAGGUAUGCAAAACCUAGUGAAAGUCUUAAUGGCACAUCCCGACACCCAUUUUGCUACGAAUAUGUGA